CUCAUAUAUAAGCAACACAAAAUCCUAGGGUUUUGGCUUGACACACAAUCACAAAGAUGCCAGAGAAACUCGCCGAAACCUCGGAAGCCGCCGCCGCCGCUGAUGGCGCUAAACAUAUGGACGUAGAAACUUCAGAGCCUGCUGCGGCUCAAAAUUGCGACGAGGCUGACGCCAUUAAUGGGGAGGCGGAGGCAAACUCGAAGCGGGUCAGGGACGAGGAGGGGAGUGAAGGAAACGAUGCUAAGAAGACGAAGGUGGACAAGUCGCCGGAGGAAGAACGGUUGGAGGAGAAGUUAGGGGAAGGGGAGAAGUCGGGUCGGGUCGGCUUGGGUCCGAAGAGUUUUGGGUCGUCGGUGGAGAUGUUCGACUACUUCUACAAAUUCCUCCAUUACUGGCCUACUGAUCUCAAUGUCAAUAAGUAUGAGCAUCUGGUUUUGCUCGACUUGCUUAAGAAGGGUCAUGCUGAACCCGAUAAGAAGAUUGGUGGAGGGGUCAAGGCAUUCCAAGUUCGGACCCAUCCGUUGUAUAAAAGCAGGUGCUUCUUCCUCAUUAGGGAAGAUGAAGUUGUUGAUGAUUUUAGCUUCAGGAAGUGUGUGGAUCAGAUACUUCCCUUGCCUGAGAACAUGAAAGCAAACGCUGAUGCAAAUAAAGCCUUAGGUGGUAAGGGCGGCAGGGGUGGUGGCAGUGGUGGAAGAGGAGGCUGGCGUGGUCAUGGAAGGGGUAAGCCGAGAAGCUAAACUGAAAUGUAAAGUUUUCUCCUUGCUGGCGGGCGUUUUACGUUUAGCAGAGGUUCAAAGUAGAAAAUUUUUGGACCCGUUAAAUUACCUCCUUUUUAUUGCACUAAACAGUUGUAUUAUUUAAAUUUUGAUUCUUAAUGGCUUCUUUCGCAGUUUCUAUUGCGAUUAAUGUACUAUGUUUGCAUACUAAUACAAAAAAAAUUAGGAUCUUAGCUGAAA